CCUCACAGUCACACUCUCUUUGAAUCCGGUCGAACGCGGUUGUCCGACGGCCGUUUAUUAUUAUUAAUCCGCCGAAACUGAAUCCAGCCGGCAAUUAGCAACCCCCUCUCGAUCCCCGGAGAUAUCGCUCCCUCAGCUCGUGAGCAAAAUAAAAUAAGGACGAAAGGACAAACGACACCAUGGCAUUGCAACGGGAAGCUGGAGUGCAGGACUUCGUCCUCUUGGAUCAUGUGUCCAUGGAGAAGUUCAUGGAUAACCUGAGAAAGAGAUUCCAAAAUGGAUCCAUCUACACAUACAUCGGCGAGGUGUGCGUCUCGAUGAAUCCCUACAAACAGAUGAAUAUCUAUGGCCCGGAAACGAUCCGCAAGUACAAGGGUCGGGAACUCUUCGAAAAUGCCCCGCAUGUCUUUGCAAUCGCCGAUGCUGCCUACAGGGUACUCAAACAGCGCCAACAGGACACCUGUAUUCUCAUAUCCGGAGAAUCCGGAGCCGGAAAGACGGAAGCAUCCAAGAUCAUCAUGAAGUACAUUGCGGCGGUGACGAAUACUCAGGGUCAGAACGAAAUCGAAAGGUAAUUAAGAACGUUUCUAAUUCAGAGCAAUGCCAUCCUGGAAACCUUCGGCAACGCCAAGACGAAUCGCAACGACAACUCCAGUCGUUUUGGAAAAUACAUGGACAUCGAGUUCGACUAUAAGGCUGAUCCGGUGGGUGGUAUCAUCACCAAUUAUCUUCUGGAGAAGUCGCGAGUGGUGCAGCAGCAGCCUGGUGAGCGGAAUUUCCACAGUUUCUACCAGCUACUUCGUGGGGCCAAUGACAACGAACUGCGACAAUAUGAGCUGCAAAAGGAAACAGGCAAAUACCAUUACUUGAACCAGGGCAGCAUGGACAUCCUGACAGAGAAAUCUGACUACAAGGGCACCUGCAAUGCCUUCAAGACCCUGGGAUUCUCCACGGAUGAGGUUCAGACCAUUUGGCGGACAAUUGCGGCCGUUUUGCAUUUGGGAAAUGUCGAGUUCCAAACCAUUGAGGAUGAACUGGUAAUCAGCAAUAAGCAGCAUCUGAAAUCUACCGCCAAGCUUCUCCAGGUCACGGAGUCCGAACUUUCCACGGCACUGACCAAGAGGGUUAUUGCCGCUGGUGGAAAUGUAAUGCAGAAGGAUCACAACGCCACCCAGGCGGAGUACGGAAAGGAUGCUCUGGCUAAGGCCGUUUACGAUCGACUCUUCACCUGGAUCAUUUCCCGCAUUAACCGAGCUAUCCUUUUCCGGGGCAGCAAGACGCAAGCGAGGUUCAACUCGGUCAUUGGUGUCUUGGACAUUUACGGCUUUGAGAUCUUUGACUGCAAUAGCUUCGAGCAGUUCUGCAUCAACUACUGCAACGAGAAACUACAGCAGUUAUUCAUAGAAUUGGUCCUGAAGCAGGAGCAGGAGGAGUACCAGCGUGAGGGCAUAGAAUGGACCAAUAUUGAAUACUUCAAUAAUAAGAUCAUUUGUGAUCUCGUGGAGCAACCGCACAAGGGCAUCAUUGCCAUCAUGGACGAAGCCUGUCUCAGCGUGGGCAAGGUAACCGAUGACACACUUCUUGGAGCCAUGGACAAGAACCUGAGCAAGCAUCCCCAUUACACGAGUCGCCAGCUCAAACCCACCGACAAGGAGCUGAAGCAUCGCGAGGAUUUCCGCAUUACCCAUUACGCCGGCGAUGUGAUUUACAAUAUUAACGGUUUCAUCGAGAAGAACAAGGACACACUGUAUCAAGACUUUAAGCGUCUGCUGCACAACUCCAAGGAUGCCAACCUGAGCGAGAUGUGGCCUGAGGGUGCCCAGGACAUCAAGAAGACUACCAAGAGGCCGUUGACGGCCGGAACCCUGUUCCAGAGGUCCAUGGCAGAUCUUGUUGUUACUCUACUGAAAAAGGAGCCCUUCUAUGUACGCUGCAUCAAGCCGAAUGACAUCAAGAGCUCUACUGUUUUUGAUGAGGAGCGCGUCGAGCAUCAAGUACGAUACCUUGGUCUCUUGGAGAACUUGCGGGUCCGUCGUGCUGGCUUCGUGCAUCGCCAGCGUUACGAUAAGUUCCUGCUGCGCUACAAGAUGAUCUCGCAGUACACCUGGCCGAACUUCCGAGCUGGAAGCGAUCGAGAUGGCGUUAGAGUUCUGAUCGAGGAGAAGAACUUUGCCCAGGACGUAAAGUACGGUCAUACAAAGAUCUUCAUCCGCUCACCGCACACUCUGUUCGCCCUCGAACAGCAGAGGAACGAGAUGAUUCCACAUAUUGUCACACUACUCCAAAAGCAGGUGCGUGGGUGGAUUGCGAGGAAGAACUUUAAGAAGAUAAAGGCUGCCAUUACGAUUAUGAGGGCCUAUAAGACCUAUAAGCUGCGCAGCUAUGUCCAGGAGUUGGCCAACCGCUUCCGUAAUGCCAAACAGCUGCGGGACUAUGGAAAGAGCAUUCAAUGGCCACAGCCGCCACUCGCUGGACGAAAGGCUGAGACCAAACUGCACAGGAUCUUUGACUUCUGGCGGGCCUACAUGAUUCUGCGGAAGUAUCCUCGCAGCGAAUGGCCCCAGUUGCGCCUCCAGAUCAUUGCCGCCACCGCAUUGGCCGGACGUCGACCAUAUUGGGGACAAACGCGCCGCUGGGUGGGCGAUUACCUGGCAAAUUCCCAGGAAAACACCGGAUACGAAGCAUAUAAUGGUAGCAUCAAGAAUAUAAAGAACAACCUAACAGGAGUCGCCGGCGCUGAAUCCUUCCGCCAGGUGCUCUUCUCCUCCUUUGCCAAGAAGUUCAACCAUCGCAACAAACAAUCUGAUCGCGCAUUCAUCGUCACGGAUUCAACCAUCUACAAACUGGAAGGCAUAAGAAAGAAGUUUAAGGACAUGAAGCGUCACAUUGGACUUAGGGAUUUGACUUCCAUUAGCGUCUCGCCUGGUCGGGAUCAACUUAUCGUCUUCCAUUCGCCCAAGCAUAAUGAUCUGGUGUUUUCCCUUCAGGGCGAGCAAACACAACUCAAGGAAGAUCGCGUUGGCGAGCUCGUGGGCAUUGUCUGCAAGAAGUACCAUGACCUGACUGGAACCGAGUUGCGUGUGAAUGUGAGCACCAAUAUCGCCUGUUAUCUUGGUGACAAGUCGCGAGCCAUUACAGUGGAGGCGGCUUCAAAUGUUGAGACUCCCAAUUUCCAUCACAAAGAAGCCACUAUCAUCUUCGAGGUGCCCGCGGCGUAUUGCGUUUAGGGGAGAGAUCCACUCUCCAUCUGUAUUGUACAUUUUGGAACCUAGGCUUAAGACAAGGCCUAUGUGCCUCCUUUUCUACUUGUGACCCAUUUGUCCAACUGGACAAGUCAACUCUGUGUAUACCGUGCCUUCCGCUAACACCCGCUUUGUAGUUUUUAAACGUCGUCUAGUUAGUCCUAUUUGUUCUGUGUGUGUUUGAUCUACUAAAUGAUUGUAAUUUUGUACAUUUUUCUAUUACGUAUGCGUUAAGGCGAUAUUUAUUUACCAUCCAUGUGAGAGGACCGCCGGUUGAGCUGGCAGACAACAUAACGAAAAGUAUUAAAUGUACUUUGUGCAUUUCUUCAAAUAUGAUUCACAGCACACAACAAACCUUUUGUAAUGAUCAGCAAAAAGAAAAGUUUGUACUUAAAACGAAAUUCACGAACAUUUGUGUGCCAUUUGCAAAUAAUAUUAUUUAAAUAAUAUAUUAAAUAAAAGCUGUAUACUUUGUAUUUAAAA